AUGUUCCCGCCGUCCUUCAGCCUGAAGAAGUUGUGUAAGUUCUGUGAUGUGGAGUCUUCGUCCUGCAACGGGACAGGAAGCUGCCUCUCCAACUGUUCCAUCACCGCUAUCUGUCCCCAGGAGGAGGAGGUCUGCAUCACCAUCUGGUAGGGUUACAGUGGAGAGGGGGGGGUCUGUCUCCAUCUGGUAGGGUUACAGUGGAGAGGGGGGGUCUGUCUCCAUCUGGUAGGGUUACAGUGGAGAGGGGGGUCUGUCUCCAUUUCUGGGGGGGGGGGGGUCUGUCUCCAUCUGGUAGGGUUACAGUGGAGAGGGGGGGUCUGUCUCCAUCUGGUAGGGUUACAGUGGAGAGGGGGGGGGUCUGCAUCACCAUCUGGUAGGGUUACAGUGGAGAGGGGGGGUCUGCUCAUCUCUGUCAGUAUGUGUCUCCAUCGUCUGGGGUGGUGGUCUCCAUCUCAUGUCUGUGUGGUUCACAUCUCUGUGAGGGUGGUCUCCAUCCCGUCUGGUGUGUCUCCACUCUGUGUCGUGGUGUGUCUCAUCUCUCUGUGUGGGUCUCAUCUCUCUUCUGGUGGUGUUCCAUAUCUUGUCUGUGUGUGUCUCCAUCUCUAUCGUAGGGGUGGUCUCCAUCUCUCUGCGGUGUGUCUCCAUCACUCUGUUGUGGGUUCCAAAUCGUCGUGGGGUCUCCAUUCUCUGUCUGGUCUGUUCCAUCUGUCGUAGGGGGUGUGUCUCAUCUCUGGUGUGUGUGUCUCCAUCACUCUCUGUCUGGGGUGUGUGUCUCAUCCCGUCUGUGUGUGUCUCCAUCUCUCUGUCUGUGUGCGUCUCCAUCUCUCUGUCUGGUGUGUCUCCAUCUCUCUGUCUGUGUGUGUCUCCAUCUCUCUGUCUGUGUGUGUCUCCAUCUCUCUGUUGUGUGUGUCUCCAUCUCUCUUCUGUGUGUGUCUCCAUCUCUCUGUCUGUGUCUGUCUCCAUCUCUCUGUCAGUGUGUGUCUCCAUCUCUCUGUCUGUGUGUGUCUCCAUCUCUCUGUCUGUGUGUGUCUCCAUCUCUCUGUCUGUGUGUGUCUCCAUCUCUCUGUCUGUGUGUGUCUCCAUCUCUCUGUCUGUGUGUGUCUCCAUCUCUCUGUCUGUGUGGUCUCCAUCUCUCUGUCUGUGUGUGUCUCCAUCUCUCUGUCUGUGUGUGUCUCCAUCUCUCUGUCUGUGUGUGUCUCCAUCUCUCUGUCUGUGUCUGUUCUCCAUCUCUCUGUCAUGUGUGUGUCUCCAUCUCUCUGUCUGUGUGUGUCUCCAUCUCUCUGUCUGUGUGUGUCUCCAUCUCUCUGUCUGUGUGUGUCUCCAUCUCUCUGUCUGUGUGCGUCUCCAUCUCUCUGUCUGUGUGUGUCUCCAUCUCUCUGUCUGUGUGUGUCUCCAUCUCUCUGUCUGUGUGUGUCUCCAUCUCUCUGUCAGUGUGUCUUAUGAUCUUUCUGUCAUUGUGUCUUACGAUCUUUCUGUCUGUGUGUGUCUCCAUCUCUCUGUCUGUGUGUGUCUCCAUCUCUCUGUCUGUGUGUGUCUCCAUCUCUCUGUCUGUGUCUGUGCAUGUUUCUGUGUCUGUCUGUCUGUCUGUCUGUCUGUCUGUCUGUCUGUCUGUCUGUCUGUCUGUCUGUCUGUCUGUCUGUCUGUCUGUCUGUCUGUCUGUCUGUCUGUCUGUCUGACACUCUCUCCAUAUCUCCAGGAGGAAGAAUGAAGGUAACUACAGCAUUGAGACUCUGUGUCAUGACCCCUCCAAGCCUCUGUACGGUGUGGAGCUGGAUGACUACAACAGUUCUACGUGUGCCAUGAAGGAGAAGAAGAGUUCUGGAGGACCAUUCUUUAUCUGCUCCUGUACUGAAGAGGAGUGUAAUGAUAACCUGUCCUUCACUCCCAGUGAGUACCUUACACACACUGGGGCAAUCCAUUCAUUUCAUCAAGUUAUUCUGUUGCAUUUAAUCAUUCACCCGUUAACUCAUCAAUCCAUUGAGUCGUCCAAUCGUAUCAUUUACACAGCUGACAAUUACAGCUGAAACAUUGGCUAACGCUGUAAGAAACCAGUGAGUAACAGUGUCAUUGGCACUGGUUUAGAAACUUUACAGGAAAGGAAACAGCUAUUCUCUUUAUAGUUAUACCGUAAGGGUUUCUAUAGAUGCUCUUAUCCAGAGCGACUUGCAGAAGCAAUUUGGGUUAGAUGUCCUUGCUCAAGGGCACGUCGGCAGUACUGCAGGAUAGAACAGGCUGUUGUAUUAGUUUCAGAGUGGAGAUGAUGUGGGACAGCGAUCCUCUCCUUCCUCGCUACAGGAAGACCAACUACACUGUCUACUGUGUUAUAGAUUGAGAGACUUCCAUGCUCCUGAGGUUGAGGUAGAUAGUGGAGAAUAGUGUGGGAGGCCUUGCUACUCCAGCCCUGUGAGAGGUAGAGGUUGAGGUAGAUAGUGGAGAAUAGUGUGGGGGCCUUGCUACCCCAGCCCUGUGAGAGGUAGAGGUUGAGGUAGACAGUGUAGUGUAGUGUGGUGUGGGGCAUGUGGGGCCGCGCAGGAGAUCUCAGACAUGUGGUUUCCUGUCUGUUCUUGAACUCAAGGAGCAGAAACAUAGAGAGAGAGAGAAGAUAUAUAGAGAGAGAGAGAGAGAGAGCUAGAGAGAUCCGAGAGAUCCAUAAAAAGGAAAAAAGGGGGAGGGAGGGAGGGAGAGAACUCAGACAGUCAUGCCUCAGUUUAUUCAUUGUAUUUAAUACUCCAGGCCUGGCAGGGAUGCCCCUGUUCAAUCCAAGUGUUUUAUUUACUGGGUUUUAACGUUGCUUUAUAUAGUCCAAGGACACCCUCGUCUCACCGGUUGUCACGACUUCCUCCGAAGCUGCCUCCUCUCCUUGUUCGGGCAGGUUUCGUUGUUCGGUGUUCGUCGUCACCGGCCUUCUAGCCAUGACAUUCUGGUGUAUUCCGCUACGCGCGCUGACCAUGUGUCCCUGGUUCGCAGAGUGCUGGGCCGACUGUUGGAGCAUGACCUAUAUGCCAAGGCAGAAAAGUGUCUGUUCUUCCAACAGUCUGUCUCCUUCCUCGGAUACCACAUCACCACCUUCGGUGUGGAGAUGGAGGGAGACCGCAUUUCAACCACAGUAAAGGAGGUGCAGCGCUUCAUUUGCUUUGACAAUUACUAUCGGAGGAUUAUGAACGGGAGCUGUUGGCUGUUGUCAGAGCCCUGACCGCGUGGAGGCACUGGAUCGAGGGGGCAAAACACCCUUUCCUCGUCUGGACUGACCACCGUAACCUGGACAUCUGGGCAGCGAGGGGUAAGAAUCCAAGGUGGACCUUGUUCUUCACCCGGUUUGAUUUCACACUGUCCUAUAUACCAGGCACAACGAACGUGAAGGCAGACGCACUGUCACGGCUGUACGACACAGAGGAGAGGCCCAAAGACAACACCCCCAUACUCCCGGGCCUCCUGCAUUGUGGCGCCGGUAGUGUGGGCGGUGGACGCGGACAUAGAGCGGGCGUUACGCACAGAGCCAUCUCCACCUCGGUGCCCAGCUGGGCUGCGGUACGUGCCCUUCUCUUGUCCGUGAUCGUCUUAUCUAUUGGGCACACACGUCCCCCUCCUCUGGUCACCCAGGCAUCGGCCGUACAGUGCGCUGCCUGACCGGGAGGUACUGGUGGCCUACCUUGGCUAAGGACGUGAGGGUGUAUGUCUCCUCCUGCUCGGUGUGCGCCCAGAGUAAGGCACCUAGGCACCUCUCAGCGGGUAAAUUACAUCCCUUACCAGUUCCUCCAAGGCCUUAUCGAUUGACUUCCUGACUGAUCUUCCCCUCUCUCAGGGUAACACCACCAUCCUGGUCGUUGUGGACCGCUUUUCUAAAGCCUGCCGCCUCCUUCCUCUGCCCGGUCUCCCCACGGCCCUGCUUACAGUGGAGUCCCUGUUUACUCACGUCUUCCGGCACUACGGGGUGCCAGAGAGGACAUAGUCUGACCGGUGUCCCCAGUUUACAUCUAGGGUCUGGAAGGCGUUCAUGGAACGUCUGGGGGGUCUCGUCAGCCUGACCUCUGGGUUUCACCCCGAAUCUAAUGGGCAAGGCGAGGCGUCGGGUGGGUGGCCUUUAGUACCUCGUGGAGAGGGAGGGGUACGGUCCGGAGGAGCGGUGCUGGGUCCCGGUAAGGAAUGUACUCGAUCCCUCCCUGUUGCGAGAUUUCCACCGUCGCAAUCCGGCUCGCCCUGCUCCGCGUCCUCCUGGCCGUCCCUGAGGCCGGUGUCAGCGCGCUGCUGGAGCUGCGCGUGAAGGGGGGGUACUGUCAUUACUUCCUCCGAAAGCUGCCUCCUCUCCUUGUUCGGGCAGGCGCGUUCGUCGUCACCAGCCUUCUAGCCACCGCCGCUCCUCAUCUCAUCAUUCCAUUUGUUUUGUCUUGUUUAUUACACACACCUGGUUCAUAUCCCCUCAUCAGUCCUUGUAUAAGUGUUCCCUCUGCCCCCCCCCCAUGUCUUUGUGUGUGAUUGUUUCAUGUGGAGGUGACGAUAGCUCGAUGGAGCUUUAUGUACUGUUAUCACCUGGGAUGUUCACCCGUGUUUUGUUUUUCUCCAGUGCGCCAUUACGCCGCACUGUAGUUGUUCUACGCAUUGCUGCGAACCGCUGUAUUGGCUGAAUAAACCAUUUAUUCUGUGAUUUACCCCUCCUGCGCCUGACUCCGUCCAAAUCACAUUUUACAUUUUAGUCAUUUAGCAGACGCUCUUAUCCAGAGCGACUUACAGUUAGUGAAUACAUAUUUUUUUUAUACUGGCCCCCCGUGGGAAUCGAACCCACAACCCUGGCGUUGCAAAAGCCAUGCUCUAUCAACUGAGCUACAUCCCUGCCAGCCAUUCCCUCCCCUACCCUGGACGACGCUGGGCCAAUUGUGCGCCGCCCCAUGGGUCUCCCGGUCGCGGCCGGCGGCGACAGAGCCUGGAUUCGAACCAGGAUCUCUAGUGGCACAGUUAGCACUGCGAUGCAGCGCCUUAGACCACUGCGCCACUCCGCUACACUGGUUCAGCUUUAAAGCUGCCUCUAGUUAAACAGAGCAGAAAAUAUAUCCAUUAUUCAUGCUUAUUUCUUUAACGUUUUUUUCCCCUGUUUUCCAGUAAUGCAGGUUCAUAUGCUGGAGAGACAGUUUCCAUACCAGGGUUGUUGUGUUUAUGAGGGCACAACUUGGGAAAAAACUAAAUGAGCGUCAAAGCAGGACCUUACUGCGUUUCAUGACAACUGAACGGGACCCAGUUCUCUCUCUCUCUCCAGUCUGAGGUGGCAGAUAGCUUAGUGGUUAAGAGCGUUGUGCCAGUAACUGAAAGGUUGCUGGUUCUAAUCCCUGAGCCGACUAGGUGAAAAAUCUGUCGAUGUGCCCUUGAGCAAGGCAUUUAACCCUAAUUGCACCCGUAAGUUGAUCGUGAUAAGAGCGUCUGCUAAAUGACAAAAAAUUGAGGCUGUGGUCCUUCCAGCUCUUUUCUAAGCAGAGAGGCAGAAGGCCUUCUUUCCGUAGAGGAUACAUGUCACAUCAAAUCAAAUCAAAAUGUAUUUGCCACAUGCGCUGAAUACAACAGGUUUAUACAUUACCGUGAAAUGCUUACUUACAGCCCUUAACCAACAAUGCAUUAAUUUUUUUAUAAAAAAGUAAAAUAAAACAACAACAACAGAAGAGUGUUGAGAAAAAAAGAGCAGAAGUAAAAUAAAAUAACAGUAGGGAGGCUAUAUACAGGGGGGCCCGGUGCAGAGUCAAUGUGCGGGGGCACCGGCUAGUUGAGGUAGUUGAGGUAAUAUGUACAUGUGGGUAGAGUUAAAGUGACUAUGCAUAAAUAAUUAACAGAGUAGCAGCAGCGUAAAAAGAUGGGGUGGGGGUGGGGGGGCAAUGCAAAUAGUCCGGGUAGCCAUGAUUAGCUGUUCAGGAGUCUUAUGGCUUGGGGGUAGAAGCUGUUGAGAAGCCUUUUGGACCUAGACUUGGCGCUCCGGUACCGCUUGCCGUGUGGUAGCAGAGAAGCACAGCUCCCGCUCAGCCCAGUCAAAACUGUUCGCUGCUCUGGCACCCCAAUGGUGGAACAAGCUCCCUCACGACGCCAGGACAGCGGAGUCACUCACCACCUUCCGGAGACAUUUGAAACCCCACCUCUUUAAGGAAUACCUGGGAUAGGAUAAAGUAUUCCUUCUAACCCCCCCCCCCCCCCCCCCCCCAAAUUGUAAAGUGGUUAUCCCACUGGCUAUAGGGUGAACGCACCAAUUUGUGAGUCGCUCUGGCUAAGAGCGUCUGCUAAAUGACUAAAAUGUAAAUGUAAAUGUAGAACAGUCUAUGACUAGGGUGGCUGGAGUCUUUGACAAUUUUGAGGGCCUUCCUCUGACACCGCCUGGUAUAGAGGUCCUGGAUGGCAGGAAUCUUGGCCCCAGUGAUGAACUGGGCCGUACGCACUACCCUCUGUAGCGCCUUACGGUCGGAUGCCGAGCAGUCGCCAUACCAGGCAGUGAUGCAACCAGUCAGGAUGCUCUCGAUGGUGCAGCUGUAUAACUUUUUGAGGAUCUGAGGACCCAUGCCAUGUAGCAGGAAGUUUCUGUUUAUUUAUUGGACUGAUUCCACAGCUUAUUCCUGCUCUAUAAAUGCCUAGCAUUGUUGUCCCCUUAGGCCCUAGCAUAGCAUAGCAUUCUACCUCUAGGCCCUAGCAUUCCCUAGCAUAGCAUUCUACCCCUAGGCCCUAGCAUUCCCUAGCAUAGCAUAGCAUUCUCCCCCUAGGCCAUAGCAUUCCCUAGCAUAGCAUAGCAUUCUACCCCUAGGCCCUAGCAUUCCCUAGCAUAGCAUAGCAUUCUACCUCUAGGCCCUAGCAUUCCCUAGCAUAGCAUUCUACCUCUAGGCCCUAGCAUUCCCUAGCAUAGCAUUCUACCUCUAGGCCCUAGCAUUCCCUAGCAUAGCAUUCUACCUCUAGGCCCUAGCAUUCCCUAGCAUAGCAUAGCAUUCUACCUCUAGGCCCUAGCAUUCCCUAGCAUAGCAUUCUACCUCUAGGCCCUAGCAUUCCCUAGCAUAGCAUUCUACCUCUAGGCCCUAGCAUUCCCUAGCAUAGCAUUCUACCUCUAGGCCCUAGCAUUCCCUAGCAUAGCAUUCUACCUCUAGGCCCUAGCAUUCCCUAGCAUAGCAUUCUACCUCUAGGCCCUAGCAUUCCCUAGCAUAGCAUUCUCCCCCUAGGCCAUAGCAUUCCCUAGCAUAGCAUUCUACCCCUAGGCCCUAGCAUUCCCUAGCAUAGCAUAGCAUUCUCCCCCUAGGCCAUAGCAUUCCCUAGCAUAGCAUUCUACCUCUAGGCCCUAGCAUUCCCUAGCAUAGCAUAGCAUUCUCAUGACGUGCCUAGAGCAGUCAGACUGUGGGCCAUUGAGUUAUACAGACACUAAAACACUGCGUUUGGGUCAUUAAUUGUGUGUGCGUGGGUGUGUGUUUGUGUGAGUGCGUACGUGUGCAUACGUGUGUAUCCACGCAUACUUUAGUAGUGAGCGAUUCAUUAUUUAGAAAUACUGCUAGCUAGAUCAGCAAAUGUUUGUCAAGAAAUGAAUGAUUGUGAAGACAAGAGAUCCAGAUGUUAAUAAUCAACAAGUCGUAUCAUCAGUCUGUCUGUUGUUCCUGUGAUUCCUGUCAGUGAGAUAACAGAGUGGAUCAGCUCGACCACAAAUGUUUUUAGCUUGUGAAUUUGACAGCUUCAAUCGGGAAGUGAAACAAAAACAAGUUUAUCGUUUUUUAUUUUUUUAUUUAGCAACUGCCAGAAUUCUCUCUCCAAAGGUAGCCUGUAAUAUCAAGUCAUGUGAUUUAGAGAUAAGGAUAUCAUUUAUUUAUUUAAUAUAAAUUCACGGAAAGUUGAAAAGAUCUUUCUGUGUUAACUGUUGUUCUCCUAGCUUGUUUCCAUCCCUGAGUUAUUUAAGAAGCCUUGAUUAUGAAACAACUUCCUCAUCAUCUGUCCCAAAGCAUUCUGGCUAUUGGAUCAUAAUAGAAGAAGAAGAAGAGGAAGAAGAAGAAGAAGAAGAAGAAGAAGAAGAAGAAGAAGAAGAAGAAGAAGAAGAAGAGGAAGAAGAAGAAGAAGAGGAAGAUAUGGAAGGGAAAACAUGUCUUGUGCAUUUAUUCCAGUCAGUCGGUCGCUCUGUGAGAUUUUACAGUUCCCCAUACUGUGGAAUCUUGGCCUGCAGUCACACAGAACAGAACCGUUUUAAAGAGGAGUGACUCACGGGCAGACAGAGAGAGAGCGGCGGAGGGAGAGAGAGAGAGAGAGAGGGGGGAGGUAGAGAGAAAGAAAGGGGAGAGAGGGAGAGAGGACAGAGGGAGAGAUACAGACUGCGAGAAAGGGAGAGGGGGUGGAGGGAGGGAGGGAGAGAGGACAGAGGGAUAUAUGAGACAUGUUUAUAAAGCUGUUACCAGACCAGAUAAAUAAUGAGUGUGAUAUUCAGAUUAAUAUAGACCAUGUUGCCAUGUUUACCAGUCUGUUCCUGGAAGGAUUCCUCCUGCGUUCCACAUGAGGGUUUGGAUUAGGGUUAGGGCAACAUUUGGGAUACCCCUCCUCUCUGAUCCCUAUCUGAACAUGAGAUCCCUCAAUUCAAUUUCAAUUUAAGGCCUUUAUUGCCAUGAGAAACGUGUGCUAACAUUGCCAAAGCAAGUUAAAUAGAUAAUAAACAAAAAGUGAAAUCAACAAUAAAAUAUUAACAGUAAACAUUACACUCAGAAGUUUCAAAAGAUGAAUGCUAAUAGUCUGGGUAGCCAUGAUUACGGGCCCCGUGUAGCUCAGUUGGUAGAGCAUGGCGCUUGCAACGCCAGGGUUGUGGGUUCGUUUCUGACAGGGGGGGCAGUAUGAAAAUGUAUGCACUCACUAACUGUAAGUCGCUCUGGAUAAGAGCAUCUGCUAAAUGACAAAAAUGUAAAAAUUAGGAGUCUUAUGGCUUGGGGGGUAGAAGCUGUUAAGAAGCCUUUUGGACCUAGACUUGGCACUCCGGUACCGCUUGCUGUACGGUAGCAGAGAGAACAGUCUAUGACUAGGGUGGCUGGAGUCUUUGAUAAUUUUUAGGGCCUUCGUCUGACACCGCCUGGUAUAGAGGUCCUGGAUGGCAGGAAGCUUUGUUGUACGCACUACCCUCUGUAGUGCCUUGCGGUUGGAGGCCGAGCAGUUGCCAUACCAGGCAGUGAUGCAACCAGUCAGGAUGCUCUCGAUGGUGCAGCUGUAGAACUUUUUGAGGAUCUGCGGACCCAUGCCAAAUAUUUUCAGUCUCCUGAGGGGGAAUAGGCUUUGUCGUGCCCUCUUCACGACUGUCUUGGUGUGUUUGGACCAUGAUAGUUUGUUGGUGAUGUGGACACCAAGGAACCUGAAGCUCUCAACCUGUUCCUCUAAAGCCCCGGCAAUGAGAAUGGGGGUGUGCUCAGUCCUCUUUUCUUUCCUGUAGUCCACAAUCAUCUCCUUUGUCUUGAUCACGUUGAGGGAGAGGCUGUUAUCCUGGCACCACACGGCCAGAUCUCUGACCUCCUCCCUAUAGGCUGUCUCAUCGUUGUCGGUGAUCAGGCCUACCACUGUUGUGUCGUCGACAAACUUAAUGAUGAUGUUGGAGUCGUGCCUGGCCAUGCAGUCAUGGUUGAACAAGGAGUACAGGAGGGGACUGAGCACGCACCCCUGAGGGGCCCCCUUGUUGAGGAUCAGCGUGGCAGAUGUGUUGUUACCUACCCUUACCACCUGGGGGCGGCCUGUCAGGAAGUCCAGGAUCCAGUUGCAGAGGGAGGUGUUUAGUCCCAGGGUCCUUAGCUUAGUGAUGAGCUUUGAGGGCACUAUGGUGUUGAAUGCUGAGCUGUAGUCAAUGAAUAUCAUUCUCACGUAGGUGUUCCUCUUGUCCAGGUGGGAAAGGGCAGUAUGGAGUGCAAUAGAGAUUGCAUCAUCUGUGGAUCUGUUGGGCGGUAUGUAAAUUGGAGGGGGUCUAGGAUUUCUGGGAUAAUGGUGUUGAUGUGAGCCAUGACCAGCCUUUUAAAGCACUUCAUGGCUACAGACGUCAGUGCAACGGGUCGGUAGUCAUUCAGGCAGGUUAUAUUAGUGUUCUUGGGCACAGGGACUAUGGUGGUCUGCUUGAAACAUGUUGGUAUUACAGACUCAGUCAGGCACAUGUUGAAAAUGUCAGUGAAGACACUUGCCAGUUGGUCAGCGCAUGCUCGGAGUACACGUCCUGGUAAUCCGUCUGGCCCUGCGGCCUUGUGAAUGUUGACCUGCUUAAAAGUCUUACUUACAUCGGCUACGGAGAGCGUGAUCACAUAGUCAUUUUAUGCUUCAGUGUUGCUUGCCUCGAAGCGAGCAUAGAAGUUAUUUCGCUCGUCUGGUGGGCUUGUGUCACUGGGCAGCUCGCGGCUGUGCUUCCCUUUGUAGUCUGUAAGAGUUUUCAAGCCCUGCCACAUCCGACGAGCGUCAGAGCCGGUGUAGUACGAUUCAAUCUUAGUCCUGUAUUGACUUUUUGCCUGUUUGAUGGUUCGUCUGAGGGCAUAGCGGGAUUUCUUAUAAGCGUCUGGGUUAGAGUCCCGCUCCUUGAAAUCGGCAGCUCUACCCUUUAGCUCAGUGCAGAUGUUGCCUGUAAUCCAUGGCUUCUGGUUGGGGUAUGUACGUACGGUCACUGUGGGGACAACGUCAUGAUGAAGCAUGGGCAGGAGAAGGAUGAGAAAUCAACAAAAGCAUGAGAAGACUUUGCCUUUGUUUUGGUCUGUUUGUUUGUCAGUUAGGGUGUGCAGGGUGCAUACGUGGUCUGUCCUACGGCAAUUUGGUGAAAAGCCAAUUUGACAUUUGCUCGGUACAUUGUUUUCACUGAGGAAAUGUACAAGUCUGCUGUUAAUGAUAAUGCAGAGGAUUUUCCCAAGGUUGCUGUUGACGCAUGUCCCACGGUAGUUAUUGGGGUCAAAUUUGUCUCCACUUUUGUGGAUUGGGGUGAUCAGUCCUUGGUUCCAAAUAUUGGAGUGGAUGCUAGAGCUGAGGAUGGUGUAAAGAGUUUAAGUGUAGCCAAUUGGAAUUUGUGGCUGUAUAUUUUAUCAUUUCAUUUAGGAUACCAUCAACCCCACAGGCGUUUUUAGGUUGGAGGGUUUGUAUUUUGUCCUGUAGUUCAUUCAAUGUAAUUGGAGAAUCCAGUGGGUUCUGUUAGUCUUUAAUAGUUGAUUCUAAGAUUUGUAUUUGAUCAUGUAUAUGUUUUUGCUGUUUGUUCUUUGUUAUAGGGCCAAAAAGAUUGGAGAAGUGGUUUACCCAUACUUUUCCGUUUUGCAUAGAUAACUCUUUGUGUUGUUGUUUGUUUUCCAAUUUUCCCAGAAGUGGUUAGAGUCUAUGUAUUCUUCAAUUACAUUGAGCUGAUUUCUGACAUGCUGUUCCUUCUUUUUCCGUAGUGUAUUUCUGUAUUGUUUUAGUGAUUCACCAUAGUGAAGACGUAGGCUCAGGUUUCCUGGGUCUCUAUGUUUUUGGUUGGAUAGGUUUCUCAAUUUCUUUCUUAGGUUUUUGCAUUCUUCAUCAAACCAUUGUCAUUGUUGUUAAUUUCUUAGGUUGUUCGCUUCACAUUCUAGGAUUAGAUAUGGAAGCUGAGAGGUCAAACAUUACUGUUUUAGGUUUUCUCUCUCUCUCUCUCUCUCUCUCCCUCUCUCUCCUCUCUCUCGAUCUCUCUCUCUCUCUCUCUCUCUCUCUCUCUCUCUCUCUCCUCUCUCUCUCUCCCUCUCUCUCUCUCUCUCUCUCGAUCUCUCUCUCUCUAUCUCUCUCUCUCUCUCUCUCUCUCUCUCUCUCUCUCUCUCUCUCUCCUCUCUCUCUCUCUCUCUUACUAAAAAGGCUAGGAUUAGGUAGAGACAACACCUUGGCAUGUCCACACUGCCAAACUAUGUUCAGUAAAGUUUUAUUUGAAGCUUGUGAAAACUCUGCUCUCCCGCUCCUUCUCUGGAAAUGUUUUACAAACUUGUGCAAGUAUAUGUGUUUUGUAUGUUUGUGUCUGUGGCUCAGCCUGAAGCGAUUAACUGACAGUUUUACUGUCACCCCCUACCUAUCUGUAACAAACAAACACACACACACACACACACACACUCCUCCAACCACACUAUUAUGUUUUUAUUCAUUUUACACAAUCACCCGUCACCCCCCUUCCAGUAUAAGAAGCCUACUCUGGUGCUGUUCAAAGAGAAAUGGAGAGUUGAGCACCAGUGCUACUGCCCUGCUCCCUGCUCUUCCCCCUGCCCAACCACCACACUACCUCCCCCCCCCAGCCCCAGUUCCCUGCCCCAGCCUCACUGCCCUGUCUCCUGCCCAGUGCCCAACCACACUGCCCCCCCCCCAGCCCCAGUUCCCUGCCCCAGCCUCACUGCCCUGUCUCCUGCCCAGUGCCCAACCACACUGCCUCCCCCCCAGCCCCAGUUCCCUGCCCCAGCCUCACUGCCCUGUCUCCUGCCCAGUGCCCAACCACACUGCCCCCCCCCCGCCCCGCCCCGCCCCAGUUCCCUGCCCCAGCCUCACUGCCCUGUCUCCUGCCCAGUGCCCACGGAACGUAGCUGGCAGAGAGGCUCUCUGUUUGGUUGUGGAGCCUCUGGACCUCCUUCGGUGGUAAGUGGCAGCCUGGCAGUCAACCCACAGUGUGUCAGCUAGGGUCAUUUUCCUCUGAGAGACUCUGACUGAGGCAGAUUGAACUGGUGCCCAGAGUAGCGAGGACUCACAGGACACACUGUCUCCUCUGUCUCCAUUCUGUACAGGAGGGGGUUUGGUUGGUUUGGGUGCUAAGUCUUACCAGGCCUGAAUAAAGUUGUGUUACGUUGAGCCCUACUCUAUUCUAAUCUACUCUAUUCUACUCUACUCUACUCUACUCUACUCUAUUCUACUCCACUCUACUCUUUAAACAUUUUUUUAGUCAUUUAGCAGACGCUCUUAUCCAUAGCGACUUACAGGUAGUGAGUGCAUACAAUUAUUAUAUAUAUAUAUUUUUUUUUAUACUGGCCCCCCGUGGGAAUCGAACCCACAACACUGCCGUUGCAAGCGCCAUGCUCUACCAACUGAGCUACACAGGACUACUCUACUCUACUCUACUCUACUCUGCUCUACUCUACUCUAUUCUACUCUGUUCUGUUCUAUUCUAAUCUAAUCUACUCUACUCUACUCUACUCUACUCUACUCUACUCUACUCUAUUCUACUCUGUUCUAUUCUAAUCUAAUCUACUCUACUCUACUCUACUCUACUCUAUUCUACUCUGUUCUGUUCUAUUCUAAUCUAAUCUACUCUACUCUACUCUACUCUACUCUACUCUACUCUACUCUACUCUACUCUAUUCUACUCUGUUCUAUUCUACUCUAUUCUACUCUGUUCUAUUCUACUCUACUCUACUCUAUUCUACUCUACUCUAUUCUACUCUGUUCUAUUCUACUCUAAUCUACUCUAAUCUACUCUAUUCUACUCUACUCUACUCUAUUCUACUCUGUUCUAUUCUACUCUACUCUACUCUAUUCUACUCUACUCUACUCUAUUAUAUUCUAUUCUUGUUAGGUGGCAGUGCCCAGUACCCACUCCACCUCCUAG